UUUUUGUACAAAGCAAAAUACAAAAUGCUCAUUCAAAUCGCUUUAAUAAUAUGUUUAUCCAUUCAUUUUGCAAGUAGCAAAGUGAUCCAGGUGACAUCAACUGGUGCAAAAUGCGAUGGACACAAUGAUGAUACCGAUGCCAUUCAAAAGGCCUUUGACCAAGCUGCUACUGGGGAUUCUGUUGAAUUUCCAGCUGAUAAAACGUGCAUCCAUAUAAAGGCCCUACACGUGAAACACAAAAAUGACCUUACCAUUUUUGGUCAUGGACCAGAUUCAAGCAAACUGGACGGACUGGACCCAUUAAACUCGGCCAUUGUGGUUGAGUAUGCUACUAAGCUUACCAUCAAGGACAUUAGGCUUAAUUCACCAAACACAAAGAAAAGGGGCGGCGGUAUAGAGGCCGCCGGCAUAAACACCAUGCACUCAACGGAUUUGCACAUUACGAAUGUGGUCAUCCAUAACGUGGGCGACAUUGGUAUCGUCAACCUGAACGUGUCUCGCGGUCUAAUUGAGCAUGUUAAAAUACUCACCUCGUACGCCGAUGGUAUUACCAUGAUCACCGGGUGCAAGAACUUCACUCUGCAAAACAAUUACGUCGAGUACUCGGGCGACGACUCGUUUUCGUGUGUCGGUUAUGAACCGAAUAUUAAUGAAAAUAUAAAAGUGUUAGACUGCGAGUCAUUUAAUGGACAUUCAUCAGGGUUGACCAUUGGCGGUGUGAUCAACUACGAAGCGCGUGGUGUCAAAAUCACCAAUGCCACUUUCGCGCCAAUCCGAUUCGAGAGCUCCACCCUCUGGAAAGACGGUUUAGUGCGAGACGUACUAAUCCACGAGAACCACAUUAUUGGUGGCCCUGGUAACCUGAACCUGGCUGCCGUGUGGUCCGACAUUGGCUAUAAGGCCAGCGAGAAGGUUACGAUCGAAAAUAAUGUGAUGGAAAACAUAGCCGGACCACAUCCGAUCAUGUUGACCGCUAAACAGCAAUUGAGUCACGUGACCAUCAGAAACAACAAGCUCACCACGAAAAAUAAGGUUAAAAGUACCAUGUGCAUUGUGCUAGAGGUUAAACCUAAGAAUUAA